CUGCUGCCGGCUCCUCCACAGGUGUCAUGGCUCUCCGGUUCCUCCUGGGCUUCUUGCUUGCUGGCAUUGACCUUGGUGUCUACCUGAUGCCGAAUGAUCACCGCUCCCUGCAUCCUCUUCCUGUUUUAUGGCUGGCCGGGUCUGUUUCUGGAGUCCGCGCGGUGGCUGAUAGUGAAGCGGCAGAUCGAGGAGGCCCAGUCUGUGCUGAGGAUCCUGGCUGAGCGGAACCGGCCGCAUGGGCAGAUGCUGGGGGAGGAAGCCCAAGAAGCCCUGCAGGACCUGGAGAACACCUGCCCUCUCCCUGCAACAUCUUCCUUUUCCUUCGCUUCCCUCCUCAACUACCGCAACAUCUGGAAAAAUCUGCUUAUCCUGGGCUUCACCAACUUCAUCGCCCAUGCCAUUCGCCACUGCUACCAGCCAGUGGGAGGAGGAGGGAGCCCGUCGGAUUUCUACCUGUGCUCCCUGCUGGCCAGCGGCACGGCAGCCCUGGCCUGCGUCUUCCUGGGGGUCACCGUGGACCGAUUUGGCCGCCGGGGCAUCCUGCUCCUCUCGAUGACUCUGACUGGCAUCGCAUCUCUGGUCCUGCUGGGCCUGUGGGACUAUCUGAACGAGGCUGCCGUCACCACCUUCUCUGUCCUGGGGCUCUUCUCCUCCCAAGCUGCUGCCAUCCUCAGCACCCUCCUUGCUGCCGAAGUCAUCCCGACCACUGUCCGGGGCCGCGGCCUGGGCCUGAUCAUGGCUCUGGGGGCGCUCGGGGGGCUGAGUGGCCCGGCCCAGCGCCUCCACAUGGGCCACGGAGCCUUCCUGCAGCACGUGGUGCUGGCGGCCUGCGCGCUGCUCUGCAUCCUCAGCAUCAUGCUCCUGCCAGAGACCAAGCGCAAGCUGCUGCCCGAGGUGCUCCGGGACGGGGAGCUGUGCCGCCGGCCGUCCCUGCUGCGGCAGCCCCCGCCGCACCGCUGCGACCACGUCCCGCUGCUUGCCACCCCCAACCCUGCCCUCUGAGCAGCCUCUGUCAGCCUGCCGGGAGGCUGGCCCCUGCAGGGAGGUGGCCUCGGCCCGGCCAGGAGAUCGGGAAGACUGAGCGAGGCAGGGCCACCCCGCCUCCCGCCAGCCACAGAGGAGCAGCGCUCAGAGGGCUGUCCCCACACCGCCUCCUCCCUGCUGCUUUGUGUUCACUUCCUGGGCAGGGGUCAGGGUCAGGGGUCAGGGAGCGAGCUCCAUGCUGUAACACUGGGUCUGGGCUCCAUCCUGUGCCCAAAGACAUCCACCCAGACCUCAUUCUCUCUUGCUCUAUCAUUCUGUUUCAAUAAAGACAUUUUGAAUAAACAAGCAAA